AUGGGUCCCUUCCCACCAUCUAGUGGAAACCAAUAUAUCCUUGUGGCUGUUGAUUAUGUGAGUAAUUGGGUUGAGGCUAUCGUUCUUCCUUCGAAUGACUCAAGAGUUGUGAUCAAGUUCAUAAAGAAACAUAUUUUCACUUGCUUUGGCACUCCAAGAGAAAUCAUAAGUGAUGGAGGUAAGCAUUUCAUUAACCAUCUAGUGAAAAAUCUUCUUGCUAAGUAUGGUAUUCGACAUAAGGUUGCUACAGCUUACCAUCCUCAAACGAGUGGCCAAAUGGAAGUUUCGAAUAGAGAGGUGAAGCAAAUUUUGCAAAAAAUAGUGAAUGCACAUAGGAAGGAUUGGUCUGAGAAGUUGGAUGAUGCAUUGUUAAAUCUGGACCCCGAGCUAGCCGGUAGGAAAAGAGUAAAUCAACUACAUGAACUUGAGGAGUUUAGGCUCCAUGCGUAUGAGAAUGCCAAGCUCUACAAAGAAAAGACAAAAGGUGGCAUGGACAAGCACAUAGUUCCUCGCACUUUCACUCUGGGAGAAAAUGUACUACUCUUUAACUCUAGAUUAAGGUUAUUCCCCAGAAAACUAAGGUAUAAAUGGAGUAGUCCUUUUGAAGUGGUACGAAUGACACAACAUGGGCCUGUUGAACUUAAAGGUGAGACUGGCCCUACGUUCUUGGUGAACGGGCAAAGAGUGAAACACUACUUUGGAGAAGAUUCAGAUCGUGAUCGGGAGGCUCUUGAGCUGAAUGAUGAAUGA